CCACGUGGCCGCUGUAGAAACCGGAAGUGCUUUGCCAAUAUGUCUGCGCCCGGUGAGCACGCGCUCGACCAAGGAGGAGAAGGCGAAAUGGAAGAGAUGGAGGAAGUGGGCAGCGAGGAGGAGGACGAGGGAGUAGACAUGGAGGCAGAGAAGAAGGUUUACGUCCCCGGGAUCGAGCCGCUCCAGCCCGGAGAGGAGCUGGAGAUGGACCGCUCUGCGUACCGCAUGUAUCACGAGUGCCAAACAGGUGCUCCCUGUCUGAGCUUCGAUGUGAUGAAGGGUGGAGACGGAGACAGCAGGCAGGAGUUCCCCCUGUCCAUGCUGCUGUGUGCGGGGACACAGGCUGAGACAGCCCUGAAGAACAGACUUCUGGUGAUGCGCAUGCAUAACCUGCAUGGAACAGAGAAGGAAAAUGAGGAGGAAAGCAGCGAGGAGGAAAGCGACGAAGAGGAUGAGGAAGAGGACAAGAAGCCGCAGUUGGAGCUCGCCAUGAUGCCUCACUAUGGAGGGAUUAACAGAGUUAGAGCGACCCAGUGCGGUGAGCUCUCAUUGGCUGCUGUGUGGUCGGACAAGGGACAGGUGGAGAUUUUUGACCUUAAACCUCAGCUUGAGGCUGUCCACAGUUCUGCUGCCAUGGCAACAUUCACACAGCAGCAGAAGGAAGCUACGGCUCUGUUCAGUUUCUCAGGACACAUGAGUGAAGGCUUCGCAAUUGAUUGGUCCCCUAAAGUCCCUGGUCGUCUGGUCAGCGGCGACUGCAGAAAGAACAUCCAUGUGUGGGAGCCUCGUGAGGGAGGGACAUCAUGGCAGAUUGACCAGAGACCGUUCAGCUCCCACAGCAAGUCAGUGGAGGAUCUGCAGUGGUCACCCACUGAAGCCACAGUUUUUGCAUCUUGCUCUGUUGAUCAAUCCAUCCGGAUCUGGGAUAUCCGCGCUCCACCCAACUCCAUGCUCUCAGCCAAUGACGCUCACUCAUCAGACGUCAACGUAAUCAGCUGGAAUAAGAGUGAGCCAUUCCUGCUUUCAGGAGGCGAUGACGGACUCCUGAAGGUGUGGGACCUACGACAGUUUAAGACUGGUCGUCCGGUGGCCAACUUCAAGCAGCACUGCGGCCCCAUCACAUCAGUGGAGUGGAGCCCCCUGGACUCCAGCGUGUUCGCUGCCUCGGGGGCGGAUGACGUCGUCAGCCAGUGGGACCUCUCUGUGGAGUCCUGCGACGUGGGAGCCAGGGUGGAGGGGGUGAAGGACCUUCCCCCACAGCUGCUGUUCCUGCACCAGGGUCAGUCGGAGAUCAAGGAGAUCCACUGGCACCCACAGAUACCGGGCGUGAUGAUCUCCACGGCCCUGUCAGGGUUCAACGUGUUCAGGACUAUAUCUGUGUAGAGACUGUGUGUUUAGCCUUUAGUCAUAAACAUUCAAUUUAACGUGCAGUGAGAGGGAAGGAGCUUGUAAUAAUGUACAUAACCUACCUGUGUAAGUAUCAACUCUUCUUUCUAACAUUUAUUGGCAGAGAAAGACUCAGCAUAUAUUUUCUGUAUGUUUUACAGAUUUAAAAAGUAUUUUAAGGCAUUUCCUGUUGCAUGGUAUUCAUAAAAUAUACAUUCUGACCCAAGUUGUUUUUUCCUUUGUUUUACUUCUCAACGAAAAUCAUUGUGGCUGACUGGCUGCUUUUUACAUCAAGAAGCAGAAAGUUUUUGUGUAAAUUAAGACUGGAGAGCUUUUGUGAAUGCAGAUUUCAAGUCUUAGGUAAAUGAGGAAAUUCAGUACAUGAAUCUGCUUUGAUGUAAACGGUUCCAUUGUAUCUGUAUAUCUUUCUAGAAGCUCGUUAGUUGAAUAAAUCUAGGUCAUGAUGCAACUA